AUGAAGUCUCGUCGUCUCGUCGAAGGGGAAACAGUCCCCGGAUAUACUCUACCGUUAGCCGAGCAGGUCCGAAGCAUGUCCAAGCAAGUCCAAGCAGGGUGUUUCGAGCCAUGGUCAGUGGAGAAGAAGUACCAGACAGCGAAGGAUGACCGCAGGGAUGGCGCAUCCACGGAAAGGCCGUCAUCGCCUACUCCCGCAGAAGAGGAGAAAGAGUCUGGUCGGCCCUUAUUUGACCUUUCAAUCAUCUCUUCCAUCUCUCAUCUCUGCCUUGUGCAUCUCACUCCGGUUGGAGUCCUCGCUAUCAUGGCCAACCUUUCCUAUGUGUUAAGUCCGGCGCAUGAGCAGAUCACGACGCCAGCUUCGGCCUUUCAAACGGAGAAUGAACUACUAUCUCAGAUCGUCUCGGGCGUGAUCCAAAGAGCUCGUCAUAAAGAGCUGGUCUUUACGGACGUUGAGCCUGCCUGGGGUUCCCAUAUCAUCAAGUCGUUGAAUGUCCACGAGGACGAGGAAAGCGCCUGUUCUCGGUUACACUAUAACUCCGUCACCAAGGUCCUGUGGGUGCGACUUAUGCCCACGGCGAUCCACGCCUGCCAUCAACUCUGGGUACGAAAUGAGAACUACAAGUGGAUGGCGUCCGGCCAGUUGACGCUCGAAGAAUUGAAGAAGUUGCGCACCAAGGUGGGAAUGCCCAUUCGAACGUUCAAACCGCCGUACGACCAAUCGUGUAAAGAACCGGACCUUUUCAUCCGUCCCGGGGCCCAGCGGCUGCCCUCCGUCGUGGUGGAAACUGGAUGGGACGAGGACUAUUCACGUCUGCGGAAUGAUGUCGAUUUGUGGUUGCUCGGUGGGAAACCGUAUGUCAAGGUCGUGAUGUUGCUGAAAUGGACUCGAACCGCCGACUCCAAGGUUGAAGGCUCCAUAGAGGUAUACAGCCGCGACUUGACCGGUCAGCCGGCCAAACGACAGAGCGAGACGGUCUUCCCUGCCGAGACAGAAGACGCGGCGGCAAGUCUUCACCUCACCCGCGGCGAAUUGUUCGGGGAGGUUGACACCCCCGGCAAAGACCCGAACGAUGUGUUCCAGUUGAGUAUCAAAUCCUUGCGUACGGUGGCCCGCAAUGCCCUUCAGAUUAUGAGAUUGAGUCCGGCAUGA